CGGCGGGGCGUGGGUGGCACGGGCUUGGUGGUCUCGGGUCCUGUGGCCCUGGGUCCGGCGGACGCGGGCUCGGUGAGUGUCCUGUUCAAGUUCCCGCGGGCCUUUUGCGCACUGGGGACCCUUUUGCCUCUGGCGCAUACGGCUCCCCCAAACCACCACUGAGGAGCCAGACCAUGGAAAGCCAACCUCUGGUGGUGUCCAAACAGAAGACAGAAGUGGUGUGCGGGGUCUCCACGCAGGUGGUCUGCACCGCGUUCAGCAGCCACAUCCUGGUACUGGUGACUCAGUUCGGGAAGAUGGGGACCUUGGUCUCCCUGGAGCCCAGCAGCGUGGCCAGCGAUAUCAGCAAGCCGCUGCUCACCACCAAAGUCCUCCUCGGGCCCGACGAGCCCCUCAUUCACGUCUUCGCCAAGAACCUGGUAGCAUUUGUGUCUCAAGAAGCAGGAAACAAAGCCGUCCUCCUGGCCAUGGCCGUGAAAGACAAGAGCAUGGAGGGGCUGAAGGCCUUGAAGGAGGUGAUCCGGGAGUGCCAGGUGUGGUGACCAGAGUGGAGCCAGGGGGGACAGCUCACUGCUCUACACGUCAUGGAGACUCCCUCCUGCGGGCGCUGGCACAGUCUGAAGCAGGAGCAGCCUUUGGCCCUUGGAGCAAGAAGAAACAGUGCUGCCUGGGCAGGUGUUGGCUGCACGGUACCUGUCCGGUGGGUGGCAGUGAUGGCUGCACCCAGGGUGUUGGACACAAGCACAGAGCAGUGGCUUUCACAGCUGCAUGUACUCCGUGGAAAGCUAAAGUCCACUCGUGACUCAUGGCUCUGUGUGCAGUAGCACUUGGGAAUUUUUUUUAAUAUAAAAUAAAUACAGUUUCUAAAA